AGAGGCGGGCGGAAGUGGAAAUGUUUACUGAGUGUAGCCGGCAGAUAUGCUACAAAACAUUUCACUUGAGCUUUGAAUUAUUUGCUUAAACACUACGUGUGUAUAUUUGUCGCUGCAUUUAACGUAUCGGAGUCAGAAGAUGAUUUAAAGUUAGAAAUAGAAAAUUAAAAAGGAAGAUGGACAAGAAUGAGGACCUGGUCCAAACAGGCGCCAAUAAAACUCUGCUUAUUCGCCACCUACCAGCUGAGCUCAGCCGGGAUGAGAAAGAAGACCUCUUAAAAUAUUUUGGAGCUGAGUCUGUCAGGGUUUUCUCGAACACCGGUCGUUUGAAACACGCAGCCUUUGCAAGCUUUAAAAGUGAGAAGUCAGCAGCAAAAGCUUUGAGCAGGCUCCAUCAGUUAGAGAUUCUUGGUCGCACACUGGUUGUUGAGUUUGCAAAAGGCGAAGAUCAUGUGACCGUAUUAAAGGACCCACCAGUGUCAGACAGUGGUAAACGUGACAGGAAAGAGGAAAAGAAACAAGAGACCAAGCAGCCAAAUAUUCCCCUCAUUGAGACGGGCAUUGCACCUGGCCUUGGUCUGAUGCGUUACGUCGGAGAGAGGAAGGAGGAUCGAGUGUCUACCGUUCCUCCCAUCACCUGUGAAAUUUCAGAGCCAGGCCACGGUGAAAGGGGGUAUUGUGUCCCCCUGAUGAGGAAUGCCCUUGCGUCGCUCCUCAAAGAAAAGGUCUCAUUUGGCCAGGAAUUUGGAGGCAUCUCGAGAAGUGUAGGGGAGAUUUUCUUGGGGGGUGGGGAUGGGAAGCUGAGGGCCUUCAUAAGCCUGGACAGGAGAAGUUCUUCAACUGGUACUGAUAGUGGCAGAUAA